AUGCCUGACAGCAUGCAGGUCCAUCAGAUCAGCCAGCAUGCUCGUCUGCCUUCACUCGCUAACUCAGCGGUAACGAUUGCUGCUGCUGCGAUGCAGCGUCUCUCCCGUUUUACACAGCCACUGCUAGAUGCAGUAUUAGUGGUAGUGGCGGUGUUGCUUGUUGUUAGCCGUGAGUUACAUAAGCUGCGUGUCCUUUCGAAGAUCAACCCAUUGUCUGCGAGCGAAGCAUCAUUGCUGCAUGGUUUGCUUGUUUGGAACAUGUACUUUGAGAGCUUGUGCAUUAUUCAUCUCAUUUUGUUGGGAUUUGACCUCUGUGUUUCUCCAAUCACACUGAAGCAGCUAGAUGAAACACCUUGUCAGGGCGAUGGCUUAUUGAGGUGUGCAUGGGGUCAUAGACCUCAAUUUCGAAUGGCUGCACGGCCUGUGCGAGGUCGUCGGGGCAUCACCGCCGGAUGGUUUUCAUACAUUUGA